AUGUCGCUUCUCACGGUGAACAACUCCGUUUUCGUAGGAUGUACGGUGGUCAUCCGGCAGGAUGAUAUGAAUAUAUCAUCCUGUAAUUUCUUCAAUGUUCCAAUAGAAGCGCAACUACUUGGAAGUGCAGACGGCUCCCGAACAGUAUUGGUGGACUCUCUUGUUCAGGCCCUCCGAGACUACAUUGUGGCCCAUCCAUUAUUCCCCGUCAAUUCAUCUAUUCUUCAAGCACUCUCCCCCAAAAACAACAUCCCGUCCCAGUACAAUUGGGCUACCUCUCGUGUUCUGGAAUUUGGUCGCUCCAUGGAAGAUCCAAGCCACGGUUUCCGAGCGCUUUCGAACAACGUCUUGCAAGGUACUGGGGCUUUGGACAACACCAACAUUUCCGGACACAUUCUUCUGUCAAUCAUGCGGAGUGAUUGGAGGCUGCCCUCAUUUGAGGAAACUUGGUCCCACUUCAGAUUUGAUCCUUCCUUGCAUUUCAUCAUUAUAUUCCACCCUAACAGGCUGCCCAAUCCAUUUUUUCUGCUAGGUCCACAGAAUAACCGCUAUGAAGCUCUUUCUCAGCAAAACCAAGAAGCCGGCCAAGGUUUGCCCUUGCAUAUUCCUGUUCAGGCGCCUUUGCCGUCCUUCGAUGUCUAUGGAGAAAUGCCCGAAGAGUCCGGUGUCGUUAAUUUUUCAAGUCUUGAGGAUCUCCUGGCCCACCUACCUAUCAGCCAGUUCGACAUUCAAAAUGCCAGGUUCUUAGAAGCAGAGACAGAGCAUCAUCUAUCUCUUGUGGCGAUGGUUCUAAAUUGGCGCUCAAUGCACAUCAUUCUUGAUGUGCUAGGUCUGGAUGUGAAAUCGUCUGAUAAGAAGUUGACUCUGAAGCUAGACGGAAGAUACCGUAACCUGUCAGCCCUCGAUGUUCUGGAGCACUUCCACUGGGGGCUGGUGUCCUUCAACCACAAAACACUUUGGUACCGUUGGGCCUUCACGGCCGCACGCCGAGAGGACCCUCUCAUGCUUUCAAUUGUAGAUUCUACGGAUUCCAAAGUCCAGUCUUGA